AUUAGCAAAUGAAUCAUGGCUUAUAAGAGAGUUUGAUAUCCUUUUUUUUAAUACGCAUGGCCCUUGAUAAACAUAAGGCCCGGACACAAUUUCCGUGAUGAGUCCGGAUUACAAAUCGCGCCUCCCCCCUCCGAUUCCGUUGCCAGCAGUAAAGAAAAGAAUUCAUUUGUCUCGAUUGCCCUCCAACACACAACAUUCAUUUCUCGAAAAUAAUUAGGGCGUCGUGCCCCUCUCUCUCUCUCGUCUUCUCUAUCGACGCAAUCGAAGCUUUGAGAAGAAAAUUAUUUUGCUCUGCUGAAGCAAAUCUGUGAUACGCACGAGGCACAGGGGAGUUGAGAAUCACAGACAAAUUGGACCAAAUCAAGAUUGCUCUAGUGUGCUCGGUCAGUUUUGUUAAGAAUGCCACGUGAAAUAGUUCGUCUUCGUGACUGUGACAUUUUGUUUUUAUUGUUACAAGAAGUAUUGCGUCAACACAUUUUACAAAUAACUCUUCUUGUUGCAUAUGAAGCUAAGUCCAGGGCUAAAAAAAGGAAACGGGGGGGAGCACAAUCAAAAUAUGACAUAAUUGCUAGAAUGCCUGAUCAAGAGAAACACUUAAGCCGGAUGAUAGGUUUAAAUGAUGUAGAUUGUAUUUCAAAUUUGCGUAUGGAUCGUAAUACCUUCGGUAGAUUGUGUCGUAUAUUGCGGGAAAGAGGAGGGUUAGUUAAUGGACGUCAUGUUAUUGUGGAGGAACAGGUCGCUAUGUUCUUAUCUGUUUUGGCUCAUCACAAAAAAAAUAGAGUUGUAAAAUUCGAUUUCUGGCGGUCGGGGCAAACCAUAUCCCAUUAUGUCCAUGCGGUAUUAGGUGCAAUAUUGAGGAUACAUGAUAUUUUCUUAGCUAAACCUGAGGCUGUCCCCGACGAUUGCACUGAUCCGCGUUGGCAAUGGUUUAAGGGUUGUCUAGGAGCAUUAGAUGGCACUUAUGUCAAUGUCAUGGUGAGCAAUAAUGAUAAGGCGAGGUAUAGGACAAGAAAGGGGCAAAUAUCUACAAAUGUGUUAGGUGUUUGUGACCGAAACUUGAAGUUCGUAUACGUUCUAUCCGGUUGGGAAGGUUCUGCUGCAGAUUCUAGGAUACUUCGUGACGCCAUUAACAGGCCCCAUGGGUUAAAAGUGCCGAAAGGAUUUUACUAUUUGUGUGACAAUGGUUACGCAAAUAGUGAGGGAUUUCUAACACCUUUCAAAGGGGUUAGAUAUCACCUCAAAGAGUGGGGUCCCAAUUCUGGCAGGCCACAGAACAAAGAGGAGCUCUUUAAUUUGAGACAUAGUAAGGCUCGUAAUGUAAUCGAAAGGGCAUUUGGAAUCUUAAAGAUGCGUUGGGGGAUUCUUCGAUCCACGACAUUUUACCCGAUUAAAAUUCAAAAUAGGUUAAUCAUGGCAGCAUUUUUAAUCAAUAAUUUCAUUCGCUCGGAAAUGGCGAUAGACCCUAUAGAGCAACAGUUCGACACAAUGGAGCAAGCACUUGGUGAUAACGAAGUGGGACAUGUUCUUAUAUUUGCCAUGAAGACACUAAACUCUCAACUCAAGGCCGACUUCACACUACAUGACGUCGAGACGCGUGUCGAUUUUCUCCGUGAUCGAUAUGUGAGCUUCAAGUACCUUCACAACCUACCGGAGACCGAUUGGGAUGCGUCGUCCAAUGUUCUUCAUGCCCACGACGAACUAUGGAGGCGGCUAUUCAAGGAAAACUCUUUUUUUCAAGCAUAUCACCACAAUGGUGAGCCAGAGUUCUUUCAACUGUGUAAGCUAUUCGGACUAUACGACGUGAAGGAAGAGAUAUCCCACACUGUUGUUGUGAUAGAGGACUCCACGCCUAGUAAAAAAAAUGUGAGCUUUGUAGAUCUCGGUGACUCGGCUUCGGAUGACGAAGUAAAUUCUCCUAUAAUAAAGCCUAAGCCAAUUGUGUGUCGUAAAAUAAUUGUUGAAGAUGCAUGUUCCAGUGUGUCUCCGGGAUUUCCAAAUUCUCACACGGGUCACGUCGCAGUGCCAUGGUCGUCUAUAAAGAAGAAGUUCGCGGCACCAUCGGGGUCUUCCGUUCCACCAAAGAAUGCUUUUCCCGGCAGGCCGAAAGAGAACAAAAAACCCGACUCCACUUAUGGCGGUAGCUCAUGUGCUUCGUCCUCGCCUUUUAAAUAG